AGUUUGUUAGUCAGGCACCGCGGCGUGUACGCAUUGGUUGUGUCGGUUGCUUUAUCAAGGUCACUGCCUGACAUUUACUAAAUGUACUGUAUGUAUAGUAAGUGUAUUGAUAAAAGAAAAUGACUGAGUGUUACAAUACAAAUAAAUAUUUGAUUCUUAAAUAAAACAAUGAGUUACCGAAGAAAAUAUAUAGUUUUGUUUACUUUAGUGGUUAUGAACGUAAUCGAUCAACCGGCACCGGAGGUGAAGAUCGCGCAAGGGACUUUGAGCGGUAAGAUAAGUGCCGAUGGAACUAUUUUCGAAUACAUCGGAAUACCAUACGCGUCGACCAACAGUAGCACGCGGUUUCAGGCCCCCGGUCCACCACCAUCAUGGGAAGGAGUAUAUAAUGCUGUAGACGAAAUUUACGUCUGCGCACAAAAAUCUUUAAUAGGGGUUUUCGGCUCCGAAGAUUGUUUGAAAAUAAAUGUUUACGUACCAGCAAUGCCAAAGAAAAAACCCCUCCCCGUUAUGGUUUAUAUUCACGGGGGUGCAUUUUACCUAGGAAGUGGUAGUAAGACUAUCUACGGACCGGGUUUCCUCACAAAGAAAGAUGUUAUUUUAGUUACAUUUAAUUAUAGACUUGGUGCUCUUGGAUUUAUUUGUCUUAAAAUAAAAGAAGCGCCGGGUAACGCUGGAUUGAAAGACCAAAUAGCGGCAUUGAAAUGGGUUAAAAAAAAUAUUGCUGCAUUUGGUGGCGAUCCUGAUAACGUAACGGUGUUCGGUGAAAGUGCCGGAGCUACCUCAGUUUCACUGCUAUUAGCUAGCGAAGCUUCUACUGGGUUAUUUAAAAGAGCAAUAGCUCAAAGUGGAUCAUCGUUAUCUAAUUGGGCGAUAAAUAGAAACCCUAUUUGGAUUGCUAGCCUCCUAGUUAAAUCUCUUGGAUAUAAUACAGAAGAUCCAAAUGAAAUAUACAAAAUAUUAUCUAAAAUGACUUACAAAGAGCUCACUGCGAUUACAGUGAAAAAGCCAUUAGGCUUAUUCUUUGAUACGGAAAUUCUACAUUUACCGUGUAUUGAAUCUAAUAUUCCAGGAACAGAACCAGUAUUAACAGAUUCACCAUACAACAUUUUAAAAAGUAAGCCAAAGGACAUAGAAGUGCUCUUUGGAACUACAAGCAAGGAAGGUUAUUUUUUAGUAGCUAUGGAGACUGAAGAAACCUUUAGAGAAAGAAAUAAGCAUUAUCUAUUCGCUUCAGAUCUUACUUUUUCAUCCGAGUCUGAAGCAAUGAAGUUAGCUCAGAAAGUAAAAGAAUUCUACUUCGGUAAAGACGAAAUAAGUAUGCAAAAAUACAUGAAUUUAACAGAUGUAUAUACACAGUUGUAUUUUGAAAUCCCAGCUAUUUUCGAAACUGAAUUUUUGGUGAAAAGAAUCAAAUCAAAUGUGUAUAAUUAUAUUUUUAAUUAUUCUGGCGCCAGAAGUUUCAUGAAAGCAAGGAGUCGGUAUUGGGACGAAGAAGGAGCUUGCCAUGGGGAUGAAAUAUUUUACUUAUUCGAUGGAUACCUAAUACCAUUCAGAAUAAAUAAUGAUGACUCUAGAAUUAUCGAAUAUAUGACGAGUAUGUGGACAAAUUUCGCAAAAUAUGGUAAUCCUACUCCAGAUUCAAGUGAUCUUCCAGUUAAAUGGGUACCGAGUACUAAAGAUAAUUUAAAUUUCCUAUAUAUUGAUAGUGAGCUGAAAAUGGGCCCGAUGCCUAACCCGGAAUCUUAUCGACUAUGGAAAGAUAUCUACAAUAAAUAUCUUAAGACUGAUAUAAGAUAACAUUUUUUAGUAAAAAAAUAAUGUAUGUAUUAUAUAUAUGUUAAUGAUAUUACAAAAUGAAAACCACGUAACAGAAGUGAAACCUAUUGAAGUAAAAUACGUUUACUCAAACUUCGAGAAAUAUGACCUUAAAGUAAAUUGCUCUUAUCGCGCAUAAAGAUGUUUAAUUUAAAAAAUUAAGAAAUCUUCAUAGCUUGUUUAUCUAAAUUAAGUUUCAGUGUGCAAAUUAUUUGCUUCAACUGAUUAAAAAGAGUUCUGAAAAUGAUUUGGUAACAAAAACAGUUCUACAAACAAUACAAUAAUAAUCUUAACAAAAAUAAAAAUAUAAAUCGAGAU